ACCAAGCGCCAGCUUCACUGUUUACGUUCAACUUCCGCGACUUUUACAACUUUCAGUCAUUUAAACAAGUCGUAACUCAGUUGCUGUUGUCAAUUAACAGGUAAUUUUUCAUGCCGUUAACUUGUUUCUGUCUUGGUAACUUCCGUUAGUGUCGUUUUUGACGGACGUUGAAGGCCUUCUCGAAUUUCUAACACUGUUGUUGGUGCAGUUAGCCUGAAGCUAACGAGAUAGCGCAUCGCAGAAUGGACAGUGAAAUUCAGAGAGACGGGAGAGUCCUGGACCUCACCGAUGAUGCUUGGAGAGAAGACAAACUGCCGUAUGACGAUGUCACCAUCCCUCUGAGCGAACUGCCAGAGGCAGAGCAGGACAAUGGAGGCUCGACAGAAUCUGUGAAAGAACAGGAGAUGAAGUGGACUGACCUCGCCUUGCAGAGUCUUCACGAAAACACACCGAGCAGUGGCAGCUGAAUGCACAGACUGAUUUUUUUUUUCUUCCUGAAAAAUCCACUUUAUUUAUACGCUCCAGUGUCUGCUUUAAAACCAGACAGAUGUGAAACGAAGUGCUCCUUGUCUGAUUUUACAUCACACACACUGUAUUUCUGGUCAGUGCUCUUGAACACUUCAAGUGCAGCCCAUGUUAAACAUCUCAUUUUGCCGUCUCUCUCUCUCUCUCUGUGUGGUCCUGGAACAAUCACAACAUUGUUCUCUUUGUUUUGUCCUCUCUUGAAACAUCUUGGAGAAGUUUUGAAUGUUGAAAAUGUCAGUCAUUUUCACUGUUUAUUUGCGGACUUUCCCAUGAUCUUCCAGACAUAAUCAAUGUGGGCUGAAGGGUGUCUUUAUGACCCACCAAAAUGAUCCAACAGUGUGAAAUAUUGUCUGUAGUUGUAGUAAAAUGUUUUUGUUUAUUGUGUG